CAUUCUAUGCUUUCAGUCGCGUUUGAUUCUUCGUGCGGCUUGGUGUUUCGAGCAGAAUAAUUUGAAACUUAGGUUUGUUGACAAAAUAUAUCGUGGCAAAAGAUUGGCUGUGACUUGUGUGGUUUCUACUGAAAAACGCUUUGCUGUUCAACGAUAUUUACAAAGAGUAGAGCAAUUGAAGCAAGGUUAACGUCUUUUGUUUAGCACGCCUGAUCUGGUCCGCGUGAAGAAGAAAUGGCCCCCGGACCGUCGUCAUGGAUCUAGCCGAAGCUGUCGAAGAUUUGAUCUGCACGUUCGACGGAUACGCUGACACCACCAUGGAUACGAUCGCCAUGUUCCUGUUCGGUUGGAUCCUGGCCGCCUUGUUCGUCUUGUGGCUGGGCAAACUCGUGUACGAGCGCUUCGUGUCGAAGAAGACCAAAAACAAGCUCGAAUUUCUGACGUCGUCUUCGACGGGCGUCAAGAGUGAGCCGGGGGGUGUGGCCGACGUUGUGGAUGCCGCGAAGAAACCUACGAUAGUGCCCAAAGCCUCGGGGGCUUACGUGCCGCCUACGCCACCUGUGCGCAAGCGUCUGACCAGACAGAGUCCCGUGCCGGAAAACAGGAAACCCAGAUUUGUGCCGGCGCCCCAGUGCACCGGUCCCGACAACGUGGUCGUUUUGUGGGUGAACGAGGUGUUUCAGUGGCUCUACAACGAUUUGGUCAUCGUCAACGAGCUGCUGCAGGUGUGGAUCGACGCCCUCAAUGAGUACACGAAGAAGUCCGUUGCCGAGCAAGGCAUCGGCGUGGAACUGAUCAGAAUUUUGCCGGAAACUCACCCUCCAACGCUGACGAACAUAUUCGCGGAGGCAGAUUCUAAAGACGAUGUGACGAUAACGUGCGACUGCGAAGCCACCCCGGCGUUCCAGCUCAAAUCAUUCCGUCAGAAGGGCGACAAGGUCGAGACUUCCCACUAUCGGGUGAACGUCAAUCGGUUCAGAGCGAGGCUUAACAUCUACGCUGUCACCGAAAAACUACAGGCCGAAGUCAAGUGCGACGGAUGGCCCGAGAUCAAGGUCGCCCUCGCCCCGGUGGGCAACAUCAAGAACAACCUCGACGAGACUCAGCUGCAGGAAGUGAUAAGCGAAAUCGUAGUGACCGCCCUGAGAAAUGCCGAGGUUCAUUUGAAUCUGGCGCAGUAUCCUACCAGCCCCCGGUUGAUUCGUCACAUCGAAAUGCCAAGCCGGAUUUUGCCCGUUCACUACGACGGUAUGUCCAACGCAUAUUCGUCAACACCAAACCACACGGCAUACAACACCGCUCCGCUGCAAGGUGAUAAGCGUCUGCUGGUGAAAAUAAUCCGAGCCAACGAGUUAGGGGGCGCGCAAGGUUGCGUCGAGCCGUUCUGCGUGGUAGAAAUGGACGAACCGCCCCAGAAAAAUCAAACGUCCAUUCAAAGGAACACUAACGCGCCCUACUGGGACGAACACUUUUUAUUCGAUUUGUCGCCUCAUACCGCCGAGCUGCUGUUUGAAAUAUACGAUCACUCAGUAAAACCGCACAGGUUCUUGGGCUUGGCGAUCGUGGGCGUGGAAGAGCUACUAAUAAACCCGGCACAAAGGCAGAUUAUAUUGUUGCAGAGUCGCCCCUACGAAAGCGACAAAGUGUCUGGGACUUUGACUAUUGAAUUUAUGUUCAUUGAAAGUGCCGACGUACCAAACAAAAGCCACACUCAACCAUACAAGAUUAAGGAGGCCAUCAGAACACCAUCACCUUCUCCGACAAGACCACGGGCUCCCACUCCCACCAAGUUCUACACUGAAAAUCUUACAAACGGUAGUCACCCCGUCAGCGAUUUCGAUAGAAACAGACAUACGCUGAGUCCAAACAGGAACACAUUGGUCAUACAGGGCGUGCAAAGGCAACCUUCCCAAAGGCUCGUGAAGGUGGAGUUGGACAACGGUAAUUGGAAAGAGGUCGAACGGGUAGAGCUCGAUUCGUCCGAAAGGUUCAUAGCGGAGGAGGUGAAAAAUGUCCACGUAGCGAAAUUGAACGAGCAGGCAUCAAAAGAAAAUGGUGUUGCCGGUGCGGUGGAAGCCAACGGUACAACGAACGGCAAUGAUAAAAACGCCUCAAAAAGCGACGGUAGCGGCUCGAAGCCAGGUGAUAUUUCUACCACUGCCACUCACCAAACGCAGCAAAAUCAGUCGGACUACGAUUUCCGGGGCAGACCGCGAAAGCGAAGAGAUUUCUUCGGCACAAUCAAGAGAAGGCUGGGCAAGUCCAAGAAUCGUUCGAAAUCUGCCGGACCAGAGAACGACGUAGGACGAGACGAUUCUCUGAAUCGUUCCGUUUCCGCCGACAGAGGGCACAACCACGACGAGAGUUAUCGGCUAAACGUACCUCUUGGUCGAUCCACAGAAGAAACGUCUCGAAGGUCUAGUCUAUCGGAAGCUUCCGGCUUAAGUAGCGCCUCCACCCGCACUUACGUGAACGAAGCCAGCACCUUGGUGCUGGAAACUAUCGAGAACGGCAUCAAGAAGCACUACCUUGUGCCUCUGUCUCUCGCUCAAAAGUCCCGAUGGAAAAAGAAGGGGGUCAAACUUCAUAUUUUUAACGAUCACACCUUUGUCGCCAAACAUUUGCAAGGGGGCACCGUGUGUCAAGUGUGCGCCAAGACCAUAGCUAGAAGGUUCGGCAAGCAGGGCUACGAGUGUCGCGAUUGUAUGCUGAAAUGUCACAAACAGUGUCACGUGAAAGUGAACGACAACUGUCCUUCGUCGACCAUUCACAACAUUGAACUAUCGAUGCUCCCCGUAUUGAGCGAGUAAAGGGGUCCUACAUCACCAAUCCCUACAAGGACAAAAAUUUGUCAUUGCUGUGAAAAUUUCUUCAAAUUUUGCGACGUUUUUCAAAUAUUUACUAAAAAUUGGGUGGCUAGCGUGCACAAACUGUUCUUAAAACAAAUAGCUUUACACCUGUACUACUGUGGUUAAUAUUUUUUUAUUUUUUAAAUUUUAUACACAUAUAUCGCUUUUUUGUUUUUUACUUAAUUUAUAUUUCUAAUUGUUAUUUAUUUCUUUAUUGUUACUACUCCUGUUCGACAAAAUUUUACUCAAGCCCUAUUGCUAGGGGUUCUUAUAGUGCGUCAUGAGCCCAUAUCUCAUCAAGAAUCUCAAAUUGGACCAUUCGCUACACACGUAUUGUUUUCUCU